AUGGGUACUUUAAGAUCAUUAUUUGCGCCAUUUAAAAAUAGAUUCUAUUGGAAUCAGUACAUGAGCUGCCAUAAUGUCUUUGGAAUUAAAGAUUUAUUGCAACCAGAAAAACACGAAGCGUUCAUAAUUCAGCAAGUAACAGCUAAAGACCAGGAAAUGGCUGUGGAUUUGAUAAAACAGCAUUAUCUAAGCGAACAUAUUCUGUCUCGUUCACGACAUAUAAAUUUUACCGAAGAUCGAGCAAUCGACGAAUAUAUUAUUGGUUUAUUAAAACAAGGAAACUCAAUUUAUGCGAAAUCAGAAGACGGAUCUGUUGCUGGGAUUUGUAUCAACUUUGCGUUGAGUCCUGUGGAUCCCAAAAAUCUUCGAAACUACGCUUUUUAUAGACAGGACCCGAACGUCAAGGAUUUCCUUUACUUCACAGCAAAAUUACAAGAAACGCCAAAUUUAUGGAAUAUAUUUCAGGAAACGAAGAUUUUUGAGAUUCAAAUGUUGACGGUGCUGCCAGAAUACAGAAGACAAGGUUUAGCCACAAUGCUCGCUCAGAAAUCUCAAAAGCAGGCCCAAGAACUAGGCUACAACGUUGUCCGAAUGGACUGCAUAAAUCCAUACGAUUUUAAAAUCGCUGAACGCUGCAUGAUGUCAUGUCUUGUCAAAUUUCCCUUACAUAAAUUGCGAGGGCCGAACGCGCCCUUCAUCAAACGUUCAUCCGAACACAAUAGGUAUGUGAGAGUAUAUGUCCACGUGAGAACACAAACGGAUAAAGACAAAGACAUCAGGCGAGAAGACUUGAUUAAUUUAUUAGAGUAG